AUGGUGGUAGUUACAAGUUUACCUCCACCAUCUCAUGGAGUUCGCCAUGAACAACCAUCUAUCAAGGCUUUUAUUAAUGACAGAGAACUUGGCAAGGGUACGUUGUACAUAGCUGAAAGCCACCUAUCAUGGGUGAACAGCGGCUCUGGCCAAGGUUUCUCAUUGGAAUAUCCUCAUAUCAGCAUACAUGCUGUUUCUCGUGACAGGAGGGUAUAUUCAGAUGAUUGCUUGUAUUUAAUGAUCGAUACAGAUAUAGACUUUGCAGGUAGAAAUCAAAAUAAUGAUCAAGAUGUAAAUGAAGAAGAAAGUUUGACCGAGCUUAGGUUUGUUCCGGAAGACAAGUCUUGUUUGGAUGCAAUGUUUUCAGCAAUGAGUGAUUGUCAGGCACUCCAUCCAGAUUCUCAAGAAAGCCACUCUGAAGAUGAAGAAGAAGAUGAAGAGAAUGGUGAAGGUGAAGAAGAAGGGGAUUAUGAUGAAUAUUUAGAAGCUGAAGGAAAUGGGUUUCAUUCCGGGCACAGGGAAAUAGAAAUGGAUGUAGACGAAGGCCAAUUUGAUGAUGCAGAUACUCCUAUUGAAGAAUAAAAAUGGAAUAUUUUGUGAAUGUUAUUUGUUUUGACUAAUUAUAUUUGUUUUAUAAUUUAAUGAUACUUGGUAGCUGUUACACUACUGCCAUUUUGAAGAACAUAUUUAAUAUGUUCUACUGUUAAAAAUAUAUAUGUUUUAAAUGUGCCUUGAAAACUUUUAUUGUGGUACAUUUUUUGUAUGUUCAUCCAUAUUGGAUCUAAAUAAAAUAUAAUUACUUCUUUUUCCUUUUUAUUUUUAAAUAAAGCCUAUAAGUUUU